UUUUGACUUGGCAGCGUUGGGAUAAGUUUUCUGAGCAUACAGGAUCAGGAUCAAGAGGUUUGGACUUCAUGGAAUCCCACCGAUACUAACAGGAGCUCCAGACACAGGUGGUCUAGGCAUCCAGGGUCUCUGUCGCUACCAUGAGUUGGGGGGCGCUCUACGCCCAGCUGGGCGGUGUGAACAAACACUCCACCAGCCUGGGAAAAAUCUGGCUCUCGGUUCUCUUCAUCUUCCGCAUCACUAUCCUGGUUCUUGCAGCCGAGAGCGUUUGGGGGGAUGAGCAGUCGGACUUCACCUGCAACACCCAGCAGCCCGGCUGCAAGAACGUCUGCUACGAUCACUUCUUCCCUGUGUCACACAUCCGCCUGUGGUGCCUGCAGCUCAUCUUUGUGUCUACUCCGGCCCUGCUGGUGGCCAUGCAUGUCGCCUACAGGAAACGUGGGGACAAGAGGACCAUGCUGGCCUCCAAUGGUUCCGAGAAGCCAACGGAGACUGACCUGGAGACAUUGAAGAAAAGGCGCCUGCCCAUCACAGGUCCACUGUGGUGGACCUACACCUGUAGCUUGUUCUUCCGGCUCAUCUUUGAGGGUGGCUUCAUGUACGCUCUCUACUUCGUCUAUGACGGCUUCCAGAUGCCCCGGCUGGUGAAGUGUGAGCAGUGGCCUUGUCCCAACAAAGUGGACUGUUUCAUCUCCAGACCCACAGAGAAGACCAUCUUCACCAUCUUCAUGGUGGCCUCUUCAGCCAUCUGCAUGGUGCUGAACGUGGCCGAGCUGGGGUACCUCAUUGUCAAGGCGUUCAUAAGAUGCUCGGCCAGGAGGCCCAAGAGGAACCUCCCCUACACCCAUCCCGACAGUGUGACUGCGGACAAGGCUCUGCUGCAGAACAAGAAGAACGAGAUGCUGCUUUCGUCCUCCAUGGAUUCAUCCAGCAAUAAGACCGUUUGAUGAAGGAAGGCCAUCAGUGGCUCCAGAAGAGGAGGGCAUGAACUGUAAAUCCCCCCCAACUUGUAAAGGUUAUAGUAUGUGUCUAGAGUAUGGUAGUUCUUUCUUGGUGGGUUGAAUUGACCCCUGAAAUAGCUUGAUGAGACUCUAGGACUCCCUGGAAAUGAUUGCAAAACAAAUUAGUUUAUUGUUCAUUUGUCUGGGAAUUGCCAUGUUAUCAUUUGCCAGGAAAAAAGUAGUUGGACAUGCCCUGUAUUCAAACAUGUGGCCUCAAAUACACCACUGAAGGCAGUCCUGUUCGUUCCUGUCAGUCACCAAUGAAACCAAAGUUAUGGGUCAAAAUAGAAUCCCCGUCAGUGUUUUUAUUGUGAGACCCUGAUUGUAUUAUGCAGAGCAAUAAGUUGCCAGAUGAAACUGAUCAAACUCAACCCGUCUCUAUCUGCUUCAGUUUGUGACAGUAUCCAUGCAUUUGUGCACCCUCCACAAGCACCACCCUGCUUUUCAUACGGGGGGGAAAUUUAUGAAGUUUGAUAGAAGAUUGUAGAUUUUUGUCUUAAUUUAUUGAACAUAGCUUGGAGUUGCUUGAAGGUACUGGUUUUCUGAAGGUGCUGUUGUCAGGUUUGAAGCUUGAGAAAUGUGAGUCUAUCCUGACACCUAGUGGCUUAUUGUGGAACCUGCAACAGCACAAGUGUUAUGAAGUGAAUAAUUCAAGUUAUGCAAAGUUGAAGUUCUAGCAAAAAAAAAAAAAAAAAAAAAAAAAAAGAGGUUCAAGUGCCUUUGUCAGUUGCUUUACUGUCUAUUUUACAAGAGUUGUUUGAUUAAAAAACAAAAAACAAAACAAAAAAAAAAUAGAUUUGACAGAGCAUACUGACUAGAAAAUUUGUGGUCCUUCUGUAUUGAAUCAAGAGACUGUGUAGCAAGAAAUGAAGUCUGAAAAUCAUUUAUAGUUAAAUAAGUUUCUAUAAAUAAUGUUAAGAGUUUGUUUUUGUAUAUUUUGUCAGCCUUGUAUUGAGAAGUCUUUUGGAUCAGGUGCUCUACACAACAAGAAUAUAUAGACAGAUUAUUUAAAUCUAACCAGAUAUAGCAGAUAUAAUUUUAACAUUUUACAGUAUAAAGAUUAUAUAGUUAUACUGCUGUUAAAUCCUUUUUUUUUUUUUUUUUUUUUUUUUUUGUCUUUUACUUGAACUGAAAUUUUAGGCAUGUCUUUACACAUGCAAGUGAAGUGACCUUAACCCCUCUGACAAUAUUUUGCAUUUUUUCAGAAAUGCACAUCUGUCAAUCAAAGAAUAAGGCUGUUUGUCUUAUCCCUUGUUUUUUGAUACUGGAUUUUUUUAUUAUUAUUUUUUUUUAAUCUUUCAGCCAAUGACAGAAACCUUUCCCACAGGUCUGAUUGCAUAAAUGCACAGCUUUUGCUUACUUAAUAUAAAGAUCAAACAGUCUCAGACAGAGGUAAAAACCAAUGUCACACACCUUUGAAAUCUUUGUUAUUUUUAAAAUAUGUGUAAAAUAUGUGUUUUCACAGCA